CGUCAUUAUGUCAGUGGCCCAUCCAUGACUUCGAGAUAUUUCGGGUCGCCCUCUGUUCAGCAAAUCAACACAAACUGCCUUGUGAAUUCGGCAAUGUGCAACAGCCCUCGCACUGCCAUAAAGUUGAAGUAUGUGUGCAUUGUUAGAGUUCAAGAACCUUGAUGCUGCAUGAGCUCCACCAGAAGGUCCAGCUCCGAUUCAGCUGCCGAGGUGCAGAGGUUGAUGCCGAAGGCCGCUCCGCGCUGCACCUCGCCGCCCUCAGAGGAGGAGGAGGUUGAGCGCCUAGUGACUUCGGGAGCUGAGAUUGAAGCCACAGACGAGGAAGGCCUCACGCCUUUGCAUUUGGCAUCCGAAGCGGGCCACCUCCACGUGGUCGACCGGCUCACGGAAGCCAAGGCCGACUUGGAGGCGAAGGGUGGCGCCGACAGAGGGGAACCGGAGAGGCUUGUGGGCUCGGAAGGCUUGGAAGGUCGAUCAGAUUUCUGAGGGGGGUUCAAAAUGCCAGGAAGAGGGAGAGUAGAAUCGAAGUGAUAACGAGACGCGUGACAGGCCUGAAUGAAAUGAUGCAUCAGUUUGCAUGGGCCCAGAACUCCUAAUUAUCAACGAGCAACGGCAGCAUCUAUCGGCCCUGGCGGCGCCGCUUCCCUCAGAAUCUGAGGCCGAACUCCACUGCAUUUGGCGGCGGAGAAGGACCACUGUGAAGUGGUGGACCGACUCUUGGCGGUGAAGGCCGCUGUUGAGGCACAGGAGAAGCGGGGC